UCAUGUACCUAAAUCGGUGUUUUAUUCAAAAGCUUACAAUAAUUCUGUAACUGGAGUGCAUUUUUAGGGUAAUCAAUGUAUAUUCCGAAGACAAUUUAAAGAGAAUGUCAUUGUCACCCCAUCUUAUUCCUGCUCGACGGGUUGUCGUGACCGGUGUUGGGCUACUCACGUGUCUAGGAGUAGGCAAGGACAAGGUGUGGAAUAAUUUAAUAAACGGACUAUGUGGAAUCCGUAAUAUUGAUCAGAAAGAAUUUCCAUCAAAUAUUCCCUGUAAAAUAGCAGGGUUUAUUCCUGAGGAUGUGAAAACACAUUUCAGUUCAACAGAACAGAGGCAGUUGUCUGAGGGGAUAAUGUAUUCCCUGAUUGCUGCAGAGGAGGCUCUCUCAGAUGCAAACUGGAAACCUGAAACUCAAGAGCAGCAAGAGAGAACAGGUGUAACCAUAGGAAUGGGUAUGAAUGGUAUGAAGGAAAUUUACACCACAGCUGAUCGCUUGUUUCAUAAAGGUUACAGAGAGGUCAACCCAUUCUUCAUGCCCAGGAUUCUUAUCAAUAUGGCAGCUGGACAUGUUAGUCUGAAAUAUGGAUUUCAGGGUCCAAACCAUUCUGUAUCCACAGCCUGCACCACUGGUCUCCAUGCUGUAGGGGAUGCAUUCAGAUUCAUACAGAGGGGGGAAGCUGAUGUGAUGGUGGCAGGGGGUGCAGAAGAAAGUCCCAACCCUCUCUCAGUGGCAGGAUUCUCAAGGAUGAGAGCUUUAUGUACCAAGUUCAAUGACCACCCAACAGAGGCCUCUCGACCAUUUGACAAAGACAGGGAUGGAUUUGUGAUGUCUGAGGGGGCAGGUGUUCUGAUUCUUGAGGAGAUGUCUCAUGCUGUUGACAGGGGUGCUAAAAUCUAUGCUGAAAUAUUAGGCUAUGGUUUGUCAGGGGAUGCAUUCCAUAUGACUGCUCCAAGGACAGAUGGUAGAGGUGCUUACAGAUGUAUGCUGGCAGCUUUAAAGGAUGCCGGUAUCGGCCCAGCAUACAUUGGGUAUGUUAAUGCUCACGCCACAUCUACUCCUCUAGGAGACAAGGCAGAGAGUCAGGCAAUAUGGAGGAUAUUUGAACAGUGUGACAAAAAACCUUUAGUCUCAUCAACAAAGGGAGCUCUAGGACAUUUGUUAGGGGCUGCAGGAAGUGUGGAGGCAGCCAUCACAGUUUUGGCCUGUCAAUCAGGAAUCAUCCCACCCACUAUUAAUCUCCACCAACCAGAAACGGGGGUAGAUCUGGAUUAUGUUCCAAUUGUGUCACGUGACUGGAAACAUGACAUUAGGAUAGCUUUAACAAAUUCAUUUGGAUUUGGUGGUACAAACGGAACUCUCUGCAUUAGAUCUUAUCAUGGAGAGUGAUAUUUAUUUUGCCUGUUAGUGAAAAAAAUAUGC